AUGAGAGGUAUGACAGUCACAGGCAGAGCACAGACUUCAUGAGAGAGUAUAUAUUCCCAGGUGGAUGCUUGCCUGCACUAAGUCGAAUAAUAUCAGUCAUGGCUGCUGCAUCCAGACUAUGUGUAGUGCAUGUGGAAGAGAUAGGAAUUCAUUACUAUCAGACACUGAGAUGUUGGCGAAAUAACUUCCUGAAAAAUAAAAGACAAAUUCACGCUUUGGGAUUCGAUGACAAGUUCAUUAGGGCAUGGGAGUACUACUUUGACUAUUGUGCUGCUGGAUUCAAAACACGCACAUUUGGAGAUUAUCAGAUUGUAUUUUCAAGGCCAGGCAAUGUUGCAACAUUUGGUGAUCCUUACAAUGUUACUGUGUCUACAGUGUAUUAGAGUUUCGUUGUUUCGAUUAUAUAUUGUAAAUAUGUCUUUGCAAAUAAAUAAGUUCCUCAAA